AGAAAGCAGCCAGACCCUGAAAUCAAAACAACGGUUCCCAGUUGAGUACAAAAAAGGGCUUUUCUAGCAACUAAAUGUGCUACCCUAUUGUUCUCCCGACCUAUAAACCGCACAGAAAACCCUGGAUAGGCAGCAAAAUAUUGACAAAUCUCGUCCAGGACUGCCCCCAAGCGAUUGUCCCGCGAAUCGGCCUGAUUAAUCUUGUCAAUAAUGACCUUCGCAUCACCCUCGAACCGAACAGCGGACAAACCCCCCUCUAAACACCAAGUGAUCGCCUCACGCAACACAAGUAAUUCCACCACCAUUGGAUCAUCAAUUUGAGCAAAGUGCACACCUUUAGCCCGAAGGACCGUCCUUCCUGGACCACAAAGAACCAUCCCGCCAGCCGAGUGAGAACCCCUCCUAGUUGCCCCAUCCCACAUGCAAACCAACCAAGCAUCAUCCAUUUGGAUCACUGGCUGGACUACCUGGCACGACACCCGUGACUGCUGGUCCACCGGCAGCCCCAUCCACUCCUCAAUUUGCUGAGGAAAUUGGCGCAUUAAAGCCGGAAGCCCAAAUUGUUUGCCCUCAAAGACAACCUAGUUCCGCGAACGCCAGAUCCGCCAAAAAACGGCGACCACCGCCAUAAACAGCGAUUGAUCAUGGACUAGGGCAAGCAUCCGCUUCAGAAAUAGCGGAAAAGUGUGCCGAGGCAAAGCCUCACCUAAAUACUCCAACCCCGAUAAAUCCCAGAGAGCCCUCGCAACCGGGCAGUAAAGAAAUAAAUGUUCCAUAGUCUCGGGACCAUCCCAGCAAACCGGACAUCGGGGGAGCACAGGAACAUUCUUCUCAUUGAGCGCCUCUGUGUUUGGCAAGGCUCGGUUCAAAAUCUGCCAGAGAAAGACUUUAAGUUGGGGGGGAAUUUUAGCUUCCCACAACCGGAUCCAGCUUUGUCUAUCCAUCCAACUCACCGAGUCUCGCCACCCACCCCUCCUCCUGUCAAGCUCAACAGCCAGAUGGUAAGCUGUCUUAACCGAGAAAACCCCAUCCGCAGUGCUAUUCCAUAUAAGUUUAUCAUCCACACUCCGCCUCGGAAGUGGGAUAGCUUUAAUGGCCCGACAGAUAGAAGGGUCAAAUCAUUGACUAAGCUUAUUCUCAUCCCAGCGCCCUUCCCCUUGACAAAUAACCUCCGCCACCAGAGGAUCCCCCCCAUUUGGCAGGACACGAGGAUUAUAGCAAGGAGGAUCCAGCUGAAAUCCAGGAAUCCAAUUAGAAUGCACCAGGGAGGCCGAAAGACCAUUUCCGAUCUGCCAUCUUAACCCUGCCUCCAAAAGCUGGUGCCCAAACAAGAUACUCUGCCAACCCCAAGACGGCCUAGAUCGGGCAGUAGCAAAUAGAAAAGAUCCUUGAGGAAAGUACUUCCCUUUAUACACCUGUGCCAGGAGGGAGUGCGGCUCUUGGAGAAUACGCCAGCCGAUCUUUACUAAGAGGGCCUGAUUAAAAUGUUCAAACCUUCGAAAUCCAAGACCCCCCUCAUGCUUACUCCGACAAAGGUUCCGCCAGGACACCCACUGAAUCUUGGAGUGUCCCUCCUCAGCUCCCCACCAGAAGCGGGCCACAUGUCUAUCCAAUAAACGACAAAGAGAGAGGGGCAACCGGAAACAAGACAUAACAUAUAGGGGCAAAGCCAAAGCAAUUGACUUAAUUAAGGUCUCCUUAGCCGCCCAGGAUAAAAUUUUCUGCUUCCAGCCCUGCAGACGCGCCAGUAACUUCUCCUCCAGAUAUCGGAAUGUCUCCAUUUUGGAUCGAGCAACCAACGUGGGCAAUCCCAAAUACUUAUCAUGUACCCCUACUGCUCCGACUCCAAGAAUCGCAGCCAAAAAAUCCUGAUCCUCCAAGGCAACAUUUUUGCUAAAGCAGACUGCCGAUUUUUCCAGAUUAACCCGCUGCCCACUCAGCUCCUCAUACUCAUUUAGCACCACAAUUAGAUUCUCACACUCCUGAAGAGAACCUCGCAGGAAUAGAUAGGAAUCAUCGACAAAAAAACAAGUGCGAGAUCCGAGGAGCACGCAGCGCCACCUUCACCCCCUCCAACUUCUUUUCAGAGAUUGCCUUCCGAAGAAGGGCCGCAAACCCCUCCGUGCAUCAGCCAACAAGGUCGAGCGAAACAAACAGCAGAGAGAUAGUCACAAGCAAAUUAAAAGCCCAGAGAAGCUUCAACUACAGGAGAAGGCAAGAGGUUAUCUUCGAGGAAGGUAGCUGCAAAGAUCAAACGACCACCUGUCUAGGGAAGCUUACCCCCUCAGAUCUUCCAGUAAAAUUUUCUAUAAUUCGAGUGGAGGAUUCAGCAGUUCAAACGUCCCGAAGGGAUAGACGAGAUUGUGCUUCGAGAGCCAGUCCGCGACUCUAUUCCCUUCGCGGUACGUAUGAACUAAUUGAUUAAUUAUAAGUAAUCAUGGGACAUGACAGGUCUUCUCGAACACUAAUUCGAGUUUAAAAUUCCAUUGCAAAAAAAUUCAUUUAUAUAUUGAUUGUUAAUUUUUGUCUUUAAUGAUUAAAAGUUGCCUAUAUACAAUCUAGUUCAAAAUGUUUCAUCCAUCCUUCACAAACUGAAAAGGAAACUGUUGGGCAUGUGACUCGGAUCGCACCCCACGGCAGAAGCACUAAGGAGUCGCGCCAAGGUUAAGCGCGCGAGCCAAGCAGAAGCACUAAGGAGUCGCGCCAAGGUUAAGCGCGCGAGUCGAGCGCACGAGUCACGCCGGAAUCAAGCGUGCAGGCAAAAGCCACCCCUGAAGAGGCGCGCGCAAACACUGAGCGACGACGCUUGGGACAGGCGUGGGCCCUUGUCGAGGAGUUGUAGAAGCGGCGCCACGUCAUCCAACGGGUAGUCACCAUCACAGUCCUAGGUAUAGUCCUGCUAUGUCAGUAGUCACAUCAGGGUCCUAAAAGUAUGGCCUAAAUCCCUGACAUGUCAGUGGUCACAUCAUUGUGCCCACUUGUAACCCAACCACUCACCCACCAACAUGUAGCCUAUAAAUAUGGCAUUUACUC